UCGUUCAUAUAAUAUGAUACAGUACAUUGUUUACCAUUCACGCAUAAACAAAACAACGGAGUUCUAUUCGUCAGUCAUUGAUGAGCGAGUUUUGAGCUCCCCAUCAUACUUGUAUUUUAUCGACUUUUCCAUACUAACGGGAUCCAAUCAUUAUGGCAGAGCCAGUUGAAAUGAAUGUUUCACAAGUACUUGACAAAGACUUUGACCUAACUCGUAUCCGACGAGUGGAAAUUGAUUUAACGUCGGUACACGGAAACCAUCCGAGUCUAGCCUUCGUGCUAGAGAAUAUUUUUAGCGCCGAAGAAUGCAAGAAACUAAUAGCCCUAUCCGAACUAGCUGGCUACACAACAGCUCUUAUACACGAUGGUGAUGAAGCAGUUGCCGCUCCUGGAUACAGAGACGGUGAUCGGGUAAUGAUCGAUGACAAAGAAUUCGUUCGAAUUCUAGAAUCUCGCAUCCAAUCUUUUCUACCGCAAAAAUUUGAAAAUCGACGCUUUUUGGAAAUCAAUGAACGGUUAAGAUUUCUACGUUAUUCGGCUGGCGGACAAUUUAAGCCACAUUGCGAUGCAUCGUAUGUGCGACCAGAUUACACGGCGAGAACGUUGAUAACGUUGCAAAUUUACUUAAACGAAGGAUUUGAUGGUGGAGAGACAACAUUUAUGGAUUAUGAUGAAGUGAUGAGAGUGCCGGUUAUUCCGAAAACCGGAAUGAUUUUGGUGUUUGAACAUGAUCUUUAUCAUGAAGGAUCGCUUGUUCGUUCUGGUUUUAAGUAUACUAUUCGUACGGAUGUGCUGUAUAAUUUUCUAAGUCGACCCUUGUAGUACAUACAUGAUGUGAAAUUAAAUUUUUGUUGUUGUGACUCAACGUCAUGAGGC